CUUGCAUGUGUGGCUCUGAGUGUCUGCGCUAUAUAAGGAGUCUGAGGCAGCUCAUAGGAACUCUGGAAAAAAUGAGGAUAACAGCCUAGACAACGUCCCUGCUAUAAGGUGUCUGGUGCAAUAUAUUCCACAGCACUACAUUAGCAUAUGGUCAAAGCAAGAAGCUGCAAACUAGGAGUCCUAAAUUCAAGCCCGAAAACGGACAUGACAGAGUACUAGACGUGUACUGCUCUUAUCAGUAUAUAAUCUUUGUCCUACUCUCACUCAUUUGAGUCUGCUCAACAAGGAGAGAUCUUCCUGCCAAUGCACUUUAUCCCAUUAUACAAGACUGACCUGUACAUUAUUUUCUUGGGACUGAUGAUGUUUCUUGAAAAAGAAUGUACGAGGAAGGAUAUAUGAACAGUACCCAGUUACUUGAACAUUAUGAGACUGAGCAAGAAACUACAACGGCCCAUAAGCCUGCACCGCAAUGGUCUUAUUCCACUGGAAAAUUUAAAAAUGGAGCUGUUGGGCUGUGCAAUAUUGGGGAGGCAGGGAGCUUAAAUCCCUUGCUACAGACCCUCUAUAUGAACAGGAAAUUUACAGACAUAUUAAAUAGCAUGGGGGAAAGAGAAAACUCAGAACUUCCAGAUAGAAGAUUUCCAUAUGAGUUGCUUGCCCUGUUUGAAGAAAUGCACAAUAGCAAGGAAGAUGCUGUUCCUCCAUACCGUCUCCUGCGCUGUUUACAGAUUCUGGAUGUGAGAUUAUUUGGACGGUAUGACAUAGCAGAUCUGUUCUUCACUCUAUGGAACCUGCUCCUGCAACAGUUGCCUCAGCCACAUCUGGUAGAAAAGAUGAGAACCCUGUACACCAUUAAACUGCAGAACUUUUUUACCUGUCGGAAAUGUUCAUAUCAAAGAUUCACAGAUAGUGACGUUGUAGCUGUUCCUAUUCCGGUAUCUGCCUCUGUGCGUCAUGAGAAGUUGCCUUUGGAACGUGCCCUCCGGAGGUUCUUUAAGAAAAAAGAGCUGAGUGGAGAGAACAAGCCUUUCUGCACUAAAUGUGAAGAGAACACCCCCUGCCUGAAGGGUGUACGGCUCCUCUCAUUACCGACAACACUCACAAUCAGUCUGAAACGACUCCAUAGAUCCUCACAAACUCACAAAAUAAACAGAGCCGUGUCCUUCCCCCCUCAACUAGACCUGAGUGAGGUGCUGGAUCCGGACCACCUGCCGGAAGAAGAGCUGUUACUGGGGCAGUAUAAAUACCAUCUGUUUGCUGUGGUGGCACAUUCUGGGACUGCCAGUUUUGGACACUAUUGUGCUUAUAUCAACAGCACAAAGGAUAAUAAGUGGUAUUGCUUUAAUGACUCCAGCGUGUGUAAGGUGUCCUGGGAUGAUGUAAAAUGUACAUAUGGAAACACUUCAUUUCACUGGUUGAACUCGAUGGACUUCGGUCUUUUAUCAACCUCAUCUACUAUGGGUAUAACGGCUUGCCUCUUGGUGUACGUAAAAUCAGACAUGACGUAGAAGCACCGAAGUUGGUCCUGUUGUUUCGCACAAAAUCAGACAUUAAGUGGAUACUGCCAUAGGAAUUGUACUGUAACAAACUGUUGACAAAUUUCAGAUACCUGCGUGCUGCCAAACACCUUGCCUCACCUGCAUUGGAAGAACAGGAAAAGUCCCAUUGUUAAUGUUAUAUAAGUGAUUUUUUGUUUCAUCUAAGAGCUGGUAUUUAUGAAAGGUUCUCUAUUUAUUUAUAACCAGUGCUUUGGGAAUCAAUUCAUCAAUGAACCUUUAAAUAGAAGAAAAAUAUUAAAAUGAACAUGCUAAAUGGAAACGCAAAUAUUGCAUGCUCUAAACUGUUCGAGCAUUCUUUUCUUUAAUGAUUUGAGCUUACUAUGGGCCAGAUUACAUGUGGCAAGCUAAGAAUAGCGCGUACUGUGAUACGCAAUAUUGCGCCUGGACCACGCUUACAUCAGCGCAGCUUAAUAUUACAAAUCAAUGGUAAAUUGCAUUUACCAGAGAAGGUAUUAGCAUGGCUGGCAUCGCUCUAGUACAACCUAUACUUUCAAUGGAAAUCGCCAAUCAUUCUAACAUGCGCUCCUAUUACAAGUUGAAAGUUAUAGAUUACGAUUGAGUGAAAGCUGAAACUGCUCUACAAUAUUUAGCGUGACUUGAGUCCUGAAGUAAAGAGUAAGGGUUAAACACAAAACAUUUUAAAAACAUAUUAAAAUAAACUAUUCUACUCAUACAUACACUUUUUAAGAAGUCUUUUGGCAGAGAGGCAUUAGCACGGUCGCAAUAUCUGAAGUCCUGACGUUAGCACGCCUGUGCCUUUCGUUCAGACGCUACCUUUUUACUUUCAAUUUGUAAUAUGUGCACUAAUGUGGAGAUUUUUGUACUUUGAGCAAAGUUAGUGCGCAAGCAGAAAAAAAGAAUUAGCGCGCCACUUGUAAUUCAGCCCUUAGUGUUUAGCCCAUGAACACAGCUGGUGAGCAAAUCAGAGAGGAGCAGUUUAGCAUUGUUGAUGAGGUUAGGCUGGGACACUCACUGAAAGGGGCUGAGAAAGCUCCCCCACUCCCCUGCAUAUGAAAGGGUCACUAGGCACUUUUGUUUGCAUAAUGAGAACGUUGUCUUCUUAUAUAUGAUAAAAAGUGAUCUUUUCUGUCCCUUUCCUUAAAAAAAAAAUGAAUCAGGACAGCAAGAUUCAAAACACAUUAAAAUGUGAAGAUGCAUAUGUAACAGAUUCUAAUUAUUAUUCUGUAUCUUUUUCAAAUAUUCUAGGUGUUUUUAAAUUCUAACAGAUUAUCUUUACUAUUAUUGUGCUUUAAAUUAGUUAUGAAAAAUAUUUAUAUUAAGAUUAGGAAAAUAUUAAACCCAUUUCUAAUAAUUGUUAUUUUAUAUGGUAUUUUUAGUAUACAUUUAGCAAUAUAUUUACAAAACUGCAGCACUACAGAAAAACAAAUCCAAUAUAUUCUGAAAAAAAGAUACUAGAGUAAAAAACAGCAGCAGAGGGUCACAUUAUUGUUUAGCAAAGUAUUAAUAGGUCUAUGUACUGAGGAAUGGAGUCCUGAAACCAUGAUUUACACCAGACAUGUGCAAGAAUGUGUUGUAGUUAUGAGUUUGCAAAACAAAUGAAUCAUUUUCACUCAUUUGUAUGGACAAAUAAAAAAGAAGCACAUUUCUCCUAUCUGUUAUCUUACUUGAUGUGCUCAGCUAGCUCCCAGUACUGCAUUGCUGCUCGUUCAACAAAGCAUACCACAAAAACAAAGCAAAAUUGAUCAUAGAAGUAAAUUGGAAAGUUGUUUUUUUUGUAAACUGUAUGCUGUAACGUCUAACUUACUGGUUUUCAGACCUGUCUUCAGGCGUCCCCAACACUCCAUGUUUACUAAUCAGCUGAUUAUUUCACCUGGGCUCUAGUUCAGAGCUUGCUAGAAAGGCCUGAGGACAAGUUUGAAAAACAGUGCUCUAUCUGAAUCAUUAAAGAAACAUUUUAGAUUUCAUGUCCCUUUAAAUGGAGAAAAAUAUUAUUCUAUUACUAAUUUGUUUAGUUAAUUUUGUUAAUAAACACAUUUCAGACAA